GUGCCAGUGCACCUCUGGAUGGUGGGGGAAGGGAAGAGUUAAGGCAGAGCCCUCAAAGAAAGUGCAGCCCACUUUUGAAGUGACUUCACAGCUGCGGCCAGCGCCGGGCGCCGGGGAGGUGCGCUGGGGGAAGUCUGCUGGCCCGGAGGUUCACCCAGGUGUUGCUCCGGCUCUGGCCCGGCACGUGGGCGCAGCGCGCUUCCCAGGCUGCCUGGGUGGGCACCUCUCCCCAGCCGGCUCAGCCUUCCAGCCCCCGGGAUGUGCCCCCUCCACACCAUGCUGGGACUGCUACUCCUGGGGGUGCUGGGAGCCUUCCCGCAGGAUGGAGUUCGGAGGAACGCCUGCGAGGAAGGCCCCAACCACUCCUAUGACCAGACUACUGGGAGGUGCUGUUACCGCUGCCCCGAGGGGCACACCUCGCAGCAGCCGUGCGCACGGGGGUCAUCCGACUGCAGGAAGCAGUGUGACCCCGACUACUACCUGGACAGGGACGGCCGCUGCACGGCCUGCGUGACCUGUUCUGGAGACGAUCUCGUGGAGAAGAUUCCAUGCUCAGCGAAUUCCUCCCGCGUCUGUGAGUGUCGGCCUGGCAUGUUCUGUUACACAUCAGCCACCAAAUCCUGUGCCCGCUGUAGGCCGCACUCCGUCUGCCCACCAGGGGAGGUCGUCAGGUUCCAGGGCACAGCAGAAAGGGACACCAUCUGUGAGCGACCUUCCCCAGUGACCAGUCCUGACCGGGCGGCCACCAGCAGCACCCUCCAGGCCAGGCCCCUCAGGACUGCCUCAGCAAGCUCCAGGGCGAGGACCACGCUUCCCGGAAGGGGCGCUUCCCUCACCCUGGAACACGGUUCCGAAAUUACGAGAGCCCCCAGCUCUCCCUCCUCGGUGCAGGAGCCCGGUCCAGGUCCAGGGCAGAUCUCCCAGCAGCCGUGCGCACAGGGGUCAUCGGACUGCGGGAAGCAGUGUGACCCGGACUACUACCUAGACAGGGACGGCCGCUGCAAGGCCUGCGUGACCUGUUCUGGAGACCUGGUGGAGAAGACGCCGUGCACAUGGAACUCCUCUCGCGUCUGCGAAUGUCGAUCUGGCAUGUUCUGUACCACGUCAGCCACCAACUCCUGUGCCCGCUGUACCCCCCGCUCCAGCUGCCCACCAGGGACCGUCACCAAACCCCAGGGUACAGCUGAAAGGGGUGCCACCCAUGAGCCACCUCCCCCUGAGGCCCACCCUGAUUGCAGCACCAACCCAGAGGACAGCAAGACGUCCACCAGUGCCUCUGCCCCUCUGGUCUCCUCGGGAGACCCCCAGAUCAGUAAGGAGCAUGGAAGGGGCAUCACCCACGCUUGGGGAGACACCCCCAUAUCAACGAGCACUCCCAUCUCUUUCUCCUCCACGGGAAAGCCCAUUCUGGUUUCAGGGCCCGUGCUCUUCUGGAUGGUCGUGCUACUGGUGGUGGUCUUGGGCUCCGUGUCCUUCCUCCUGUGCCACCGGAGGGCCUGCCGGAAGUGGAUUCAGCAGAAGCUCUACCCGUGCUACCCUGUCCAGACCUUCCGGCCCAAGCUGGAGCCUGCAGAUUCCAGGCCUGGGAGGAACCCGACACAGCUGAAGAGUGUGUCAGUGGUGGAGCCGGGCACGGAAGAGCUGGGCUUGCUGAGCCCCCCGGUUGCGGAGGCCUCCCCCGGCGGGGCAGUCUGCCGAGAGAGCAUGCGGCUGCUGGAAGCUAGCCCUCCCGCCGGGAGCCCCUCGUCCCCCAGGGACCUCCCCGAGCCCCCCCGGGUGACCUCGGAGCAUACCAACAACAGGAUCGAGAAGAUCUACAUCAUGAAGGCUGACACAGUGAUUGUGGGGACUGUGAGGACUGAGGUGCCCGAGGGCCGGGGGCUGGUGGGGCCGGCGGGGCCUGAGUUCGAGGAGGAUCUGGAAGUGGACCACGCCCCCCGCUUCCCAGAGCAGGAGACAGAGCCGCCUCUGGACAGCUGUGGGGACGCCAUGUUCUCGGUGGAAGAGGAAGGAAAGGAGGCCUCCUUGCCCGUGACCGUCACGGAGAAAUGAAGCCUGGCCUGGGUUGGGGCUGAGCGGACAGUGGGGCGCCAGCCAGGGUGGCCCUGGUGGCACCAGGCUGGGGGCAGAAGCCCUUGUGACCAGAACUGAGGUUCCAGCACCCAGGGGUAGAGCAGCCUGGAGCAAGGGGGUUCCAGGGGCCUCUCGUUGCAUCCCUGCCCUGCUGCCCCCCAGCCCAGACCCUCGGGAAGCCUGGGCUUGUGCAGGAGAGACGACCCAGGGGCGGGAUCUGAAUGGCAGUGUUUGUUGGAGCGGCAGACGGACAGCAGGGACUGGGCACCUGUCUCCUGCCACUGCCCCCGGAGCCCCAAGCAUCAGACACGCGCCACGGGGGCCAGAGCUCACUGACGGCAGAGGCCGGGAGGCACUGGCCCUGUGCCUUCAGCUCUCACCCUGGGCGGUGGGAGUGACGCCCCCCAGACCUUCCCACCAUGCUGGAAGCCCCCAGUUAGUGUACUGUGGCCCCUGAGGGCACUGAGCCAGCACCUGUGGUGGUUUGUCCUGGGUUGAAGGGAAGUCAGGGGCCGAGUUGUCAUGGGCUGGCCCCACCUUGGCAACAGCCACCACCCCUCCCUCGCAACCCCUUCCGCUGUGCUCUGCGCCCACAUCCAGGUGAUUGCCCCACCUGGCCCCUAGCCAUGCCGGAGCCAAGUGAAACCCUCCUGGUGCCGCCAGCCCCCUCCUAUUCUGUAGACCCACGGUGGGUGAGGGGUCUGGGGUCACUGAUUGUUUCACAAGGUCCCCAGCUGUCACCUCCGCGGGAGGCUCCUUGGGACCCAGACGCUCAGCUGCUGCCGCGCCUCACCCGCAGCCAGAGACCCUGCCCACCCAGCUGCUGCCUGGAGAGGAGCCUGCUGGUGGGGAGCCCUGGGCCCUUCCUGGGUGCCUGCCUGCUCUGUGGCCCCUCUGCUGUCCCAGGGUGAGGCGCCUUCCGCACACCUACCAUGCAUCCGGAGCCCAGUGGGCCCAGCCCUGCCCUUGCCCUCCAGCUGCUCAGCACCCAUGGUUGGGACACGGAUGUCAGAAAGCAACACGGUUUCGCCCAGACUUCCUGCCUUCUUCCGGAUUCUCAGAAAAACUAGUAGUCCCGUCUGGACUUGAGGACUUUCGCAUUUCACGUUAAGGAGUAAAGCUGUCCUGACUUGGGUCUGGCUGGCCUGCUCUCCCCAGGGCUUUCAGACUCAUGUGAACAAACAUGAGCCAGCCUUGGAGAGGGAUGUGUGGGCAGAGGACGGGGCUGCCCACAGCUCAGGCCAUUCCACCUCAGCUGCCUGCAGGCCCCAGGAAUUCACCCGCUGGAGUCCAGGCCGUUUACCCGCCAGCUUGCUCAUUCUCUGGAGGAAGUUGGGGCUGGGCCAGGAAUCACAGGGUAGUUUCUGAAACUGCUCAGAUGUUCGGAGGGGCUAGGACACCAAGAGGGACUCACGUCGGAACCUGAAGACGUUGCCAUGUGAAGGACAGUAUUUGCCCAGAUGUGCCGUGCGGGAACGGCCGGGGUGCCUGUGCCUGGAGCUCUGGCUGGAAGGGGCCCGAGUACGCCCCACCCCGCUGAGCAGGGCCCUGGCAGUCUUGACUUGAAGAUGCGGUCCCCCUGUUGGGAGAAAUGAAGAACUUCCUUGCCCAAAGUCCCUUCACAAAACCUUUGAUCCUCUGAAAUUUUGAUCCUCAGAAAAUGUGUAAGGUUCCUUAAAAAUACCAGUUGUAAGUUUCAGGAAACUA